CGCACGGCAGGCGGCGGUGGCCAGGGCUAGGAGCAGCGACCCAAGAUGGAGUAUGAGUGGAAACCCGACGAGCAGGGGCUCCAGCAGAUCCUGCAGCUGCUCAAGGAGUCGCAGUCCCCGGACACUACCACGCAGAGAGCUGUGCAACAAAAACUGGAACAACUGAAUCAGUAUCCAGAUUUUAACAACUACCUGAUAUUUGUUCUUACGAAAUUGAAAUCUGAAGAUGAACCCACACGGUCCCUGAGUGGUCUCAUCUUGAAGAAUAACGUGAAAGCGCAUUUUCACAACUUUCCAAAUGGAGUAACAGACUUCAUCAAGAGUGAAUGUCUAAACAACAUUGGUGACUCCUCCCCAUUAAUUAGAGCAACUGUAGGCAUUCUGAUUACAACCAUUGCCUCUAAGGGGGAAUUGCAGAAUUGGCCUGAACUCUUACCAAAGCUUUGCAGCCUCUUGGAUUCUGAAGACUACAAUACCUGUGAGGGUGCAUUUGGAGCUCUUCAGAAGAUAUGUGAAGAUUCUGCUGAAAUCUUAGAUAGUGAUGUAUUAGACCGACCCCUCAAUAUCAUGAUCCCUAAAUUUUUACAGUUCUUCAAACACAGCAGUCCAAAAAUAAGGUCCCAUGCUGUUGCAUGCGUCAAUCAGUUUAUCAUCAGUAGAACUCAAGCUCUUAUGUUACACAUUGAUUCUUUUAUUGAGAAUCUCUUCGCGUUGGCUGGAGAUGAGGAGCCUGAAGUACGCAAAAAUGUGUGUCGGGCUUUGGUGAUGCUGCUGGAAGUUCGAAUGGAUCGCCUGCUUCCUCAUAUGAUUAGUAUAGUUGAGUACAUGCUUCAGAGGACCCAGGACCAAGAUGAAAAUGUGGCUUUGGAGGCGUGUGAGUUUUGGCUGACUUUGGCUGAGCAGCCAAUUUGUAAAGAUGUGUUAUGUCGGCAUCUUACUAAGUUGAUACCUGUGUUAGUAAAUGGUAUGAAGUACUCAGAAAUAGAUAUUAUUCUGCUGAAGGGGGAUGUUGAAGAAGAUGAAGCUAUUCCAGAUAGUGAACAGGACAUAAGGCCUCGUUUUCAUCGUUCACGGACAGUGGCUCAGCAGCAUGAAGAAGAUGGUAUUGAGGAAGAUGAUGACGAUGAUGAUGAGCUUGAUGAUGAUGAUACUAUUUCUGACUGGAAUUUAAGGAAGUGUUCUGCUGCUGCACUAGAUGUCCUUGCCAAUGUAUUUCGUGAUGAACUUCUGCCACACAUUUUGCCCCUUUUGAAAGAACUGCUGUUUCAUCCAGAAUGGGUGGUCAAAGAAUCAGGUAUCCUGGUUCUAGGAGCAAUUGCUGAAGGUUGCAUGCAGGGUAUGAUUCCAUAUCUUCCUGAACUAAUCCCUCACCUUAUUCAGUGCCUCUCUGAUAAAAAGGCUCUUGUGCGCUCCAUUACAUGCUGGACUCUUAGCCGCUAUGCACACUGGGUAGUUAGUCAACCCCCAGACACGUACUUGAAGCCAUUAAUGACAGAGUUGCUAAAACGUAUCCUUGAUAGCAACAAGAGAGUACAAGAAGCUGCCUGCAGUGCCUUUGCUACUCUAGAAGAGGAGGCUUGUACAGAGCUUGUUCCUUACCUUGCAUAUAUACUUGACACUCUGGUCUUCGCAUUUAGUAAAUACCAGCAUAAGAAUCUUCUCAUCCUUUAUGAUGCCAUAGGAACUUUAGCAGAUUCUGUAGGACAUCAUCUAAACAAACCAGAAUAUAUUCAGAUGCUAAUGCCUCCACUAAUCCAGAAAUGGAACAUGUUGAAGGAUGAGGAUAAAGAUCUCUUCCCUUUGUUAGAGUGCCUGUCUUCGGUUGCCACUGCCUUGCAAUCUGGCUUCCUUCCAUACUGUGAACCCGUGUAUCAGCGUUGUGUAAACCUGGUACAGAAGACUCUUGCACAAGCCAUGUUGCACAAUGCUCAGCCAGACCAAUACGAGGCACCAGAUAAAGACUUCAUGAUUGUGGCUCUUGAUUUACUCAGUGGCUUAGCUGAAGGACUUGGAGGCAACAUUGAACAGCUAGUGGCUCGCAGUAAUAUCUUGACACUAAUGUACCAAUGCAUGCAGGAUAAAAUGCCUGAGGUACGACAGAGUUCUUUUGCCUUGUUAGGUGACCUGACAAAGGCAUGCUUUCAGCAUGUUAAGCCUUGCAUAGCUGAUUUCAUGCCGAUUUUGGGAACGAACCUAAAUCCUGAGUUCAUUUCUGUGUGCAACAAUGCUACAUGGGCAAUUGGUGAAAUCUCCAUUCAAAUGGGUAUAGAGAUGCAGCCUUAUAUUCCUAUGGUGUUGCACCAGCUUGUAGAAAUCAUUAACAGACCCAACACACCAAAGACGUUGUUAGAGAACACAGCAAUAACAAUUGGUCGUCUUGGUUACGUUUGUCCUCAAGAGGUGGCCCCCAUGCUACAGCAGUUUAUAAGACCCUGGUGUACCUCUCUGCGGAACAUAAGGGACAAUGAGGAAAAGGAUUCUGCUUUCCGUGGGAUUUGUACCAUGAUCACAGUCAACCCUAGUGGAGUAGUCCAAGACUUUAUAUUUUUUUGUGAUGCUGUUGCAUCGUGGAUUAGCCCAAAAGAUGAUCUCCGAGACAUGUUCUGUAAGAUCCUUCAUGGAUUUAAAAAUCAAGUUGGGGAUGAAAAUUGGAGGCGUUUCUCUGACCAGUUUCCUCUUCCCUUAAAAGAGCGCCUUGCAGCUUACUAUGGAGUUUAACCUCAUGCAUUCAAGCUGCAGUCCCAUAAUUAGGGGUCCUUCAGUCUAGGAGACUAUGAGGGAGCCUCUGCACCCAGGGAAAAUGUUACCCUUUACUGGGGGGAAGGGUAAACCAGUAGGGAAUACAGUACAAUCCCAAGCAUACUGGGAGGGGCGGGAGGGAGGUGUUGCCGUCACUGUAUUAAGUCGAUGUUGGGAAACGUUUUAACAUCUGGAGCCUUUGUGGGUGAAAAUCUGUCUCCUCUUACAACUCAGCACUGGAUGUGAAGAAGCAAAAAAGAGAAUCUAUUCACAAAACAGCACAUUCUGCAAUAUUAUGGGGAAUUGUACCAAAACAAGAACCAUAUAAUUGAACCAUAGGGAUACGUAAAAAGGAAAACUAUUUUGCGCACAAUAAAGGAAACCUAAGAAUGGGGGUGGGGGUUUACAAAAAUCCUUUGACUGUUUAAGUAAGGGUUUUCUCAUUAUUUCAUCCUGCUUGAUGGGAUUCCUAGGUAUUUGCAUGUUAAUGAAGAACUACACAAAUGAAGUUAGUACAGUUAAAAUGCAGCUUGCUACCUGUAUUGGGAACUGGCACCUGCAGUGUACAAUAUAGAAACCCCAUAAUAAAGUAAUAAAGGUUAACUUUAACAAAAUGAAGCAACUUGCAAGAUGCCAAAUGAGUCACUCCUUUCAUUUUUUUUGGGUGGGGGGAGGGGCAUUUCAAAGGAAAGAUUGACAUCUUAAUUUUAUAUUAAAAACUUUAGUGGAUAUGAUUUGAUGGUUGUACUUCAUUAGAUUUAAUUUCUAGAGUAAGGCAUUAUUCUUAACAUGCAGUUUAAGGUUCAGGCAUGCAUUCUGGCUCAUAGUGAUCAGAAGUAAUUUAAAUUAGUGGGAAAGUAGCAUGCUUGCAUCACAUAGAGUGAGAUUGGUAUACUUUUACUUAUGUUGCGCCAGUUUUGUGUUGCAGUUUACCAAUUUAAUAUAGCCCUGCAUUUAAAAAUCCUUUUUUAAAGAUUCUGUGGAUUUUAUUUUUAUUAAGAAUAUAGAUAUAAAGUACUGUAGUUUACAAUUAGGCCUUGAAAUAUCUUUUUAGGAUCUGUUAAGAAUAAGAUUGAUAUUGUAUUGUGUGUAACCGGCACAAUGUGGAAAGCUGAUAUAGCUGUGCAAAAUAUUUGCCUCUGUGCUGUCAGUGUGAUGUGCUUUCUGCAUGGUUAUAUACUACUAGUGAUUUUAUCAGAACUUCUAAAAAUGAGUUACAUGGUAAGACCUGUUAAAGGCUGCAUAAAUGUUAGUUGGCACGUAAAGACAAUUGUAGAAGUUGAUGACAUGAUAGCUAUAUUUCAUUGUUUAUUCCCACUCAACAUAUUACCUUCUAUGCUUUCUUUUUUGUUCAAGCAUGAUCUUUAAGAGAUGUUUAAGUUAAUGGAUGUAAUGCAGGGUAUCUACACUGUAUCGGCGCAUGAUGGUGGCCCUUUGUGUCGUAGUUAAGUGCACAAGGGUGCAAGUUUAAAAGCUACAGAGUGAAAGUUGGUUUGGAUCCUCUUCAUUUCAUUUGUUUGGCUUUUCUGUUGUUUUUCUCUACUUACGUGUAUUCCUGUGAAUAAAUCCUUGUUAAGUUAACCCUUUACUUUUCCUUCCAUGUGUAUUUUCUUAUGUACUGUGAAUGUGAAAACCUAACUGGUACACUUGAUCUUGUGUCCAUCUGAAAGUGCAAGUCUUUAUUAAUUUAGAUUGCCUAAGGAGUAUCCCAUGAUGAUAAAGGAAAAUGGAGAGAUUUUAACUCUGCUGGUCAGAGGUGAAGCCACACCUUUCCAUUUUUCAAGUGCUGCGUAAUUAAUCUAAAACAAAAUUAAGCCAUAACAGCCUUUUUAUAGUUUUAGUUUCUUACCGUUGCAUUGCAGAAUGAAUACUGGAUAACAGUUUUUGUAAGAACUUAAUCUUCUUUGCAUGGUUCUAUUCUUUAAGAAUGUUUGAAUAAUUUAGCCAUUGCACUGAAGUUUGAGAUGUGUGAUAAAUGCUGUUUAAAGAGGUUUUUUUUAAUGCAUGGUAGCAUGCACAAGUUUUACACAUUCCUUUUUUUGGCUUUUCAAAAUUAUAGUAGAUUAUCUUGUUUGAAGAUAGUUUUGACAUAUACUGACUAAAUUCAGUAAUGCUAGUACAUGAUACUUACUCAUUUUGUUUAAUCAGAACUGCAUGUGAUGAUGUGCUUUCAAAUUCAAUUGCGUUGUUAGAAACUACAAAUCUUCCUUCUUGGCUAAUAAUUCUAAAGUGAGUGGGUAAUAGGUUUCUUUGACUAAAAAUAUGUCCGACAUAUUCCUAUUAAAAUGUAGUGAGGUAGGAUUUUGUCUUACUCAAAUAUAUUUUAAUUUCUUGUAUAGGGUAAACAUUUGGCAACAGUUUCAGGAAAAAAACUAUAGCUUUUCCAGAUUAAAAUUUUGUAUACAAUAUGAAACGUACUUUAUAGUGCAGUGUUGUUUGGACUUUAUUUAAAUUUAGUUCUAACAAUUGCAGCAACCUCACUAACUGGAGGAAAAAUCAGUCAGAUGAGCCCAUCAUAUCCACUUUUAUGUGUGUAUUUUAAAUCUGUAUCUAUAAACGUGUGACUGUUUACAGAUGUGAACUGAUCUGGUAUAGCAGUAAGGAAUAUAAUCAAAACAAUGCAAAAUUAAACAAUACUGCCAUAAUCAUAGUAUUUUAAUAGGUCCACUGGUAUAUUUUAAAGCAAAUUAAACCAUAUUCCUAAUGCAUAAUAGUACAGGGAUUUGCAGAAGACAUUUAGGUUAUAACUUGAGGUAAGAAAAGUUCUGAUUCAGCAUUAACCAUUGUAAUUCAAAUUGUUGCAUCAUGGGAUAUAUAUAAAGCAUCUUAAUUCUUGUGGUGUAGUUUUGCCAGUUUUUGAAUGUUGACUGAAUGUUUAUACCAGUAGAAUUGUGUGUUUGUCUUUGUUACAUUCCAGUGUUUCUGCCUCUUGGCAUGCUAAAAGCACGGCUUACUUCAUCUGCUCCUUACACACUGAAUAAAGUGCUGUUAGUGUGCUAAACUACAGAAAUAGCCGCUGCUAAGUGAUAAUGUAGAUUUUCUACUUGAAUAUUUUGUUGUAGGAACCUCAGGAGGUCAGUGUUUACUGUUUUUAUAUGCCUUGUUUUUCCUGUUUGAGUUUCCCUUUUUGAAGGAUUCUAACAGUGAACAAAAGCUGCUGAUCAACCUAAGUUGGUAACAGAAAGUGUAUUUAAAUUUUUAAAUGCACCUUUUUGGCAGUUCUAAAUAGCAGUUAAAUUAGUCUUAAAGUUCAGUACCACAGUUUUUCAUUUAUACAUUCAGAAAACAAGUUGUCUUUUUUCGUUUAAAAAAAAAAUUGUAGACU